AUGAAUAAAGUUAAUAAAAUGCUCAAAAAUCAAAUUUGUGUUUUGAAAAUAUUGGAUUCUGACAAAGAUCUUCCUGUUACACUAGGUAUAAAAUGGACCGUCGAUUCACUGAAAAGUCAUCCUGUUCCAUUCAUUUGUCUGUGUUCAUCCAAAGUUGCCUUUGCUCUCAUUGCUUCCCUUGCCCUUGCUUCGGCUCUUCCUGAUCUCGGAUCAAUUAUCGGAGGAGGAGAAAACGGAGGAAUUGGGGGUGUUGUUGGAGGAAGCGACGGUGGUUUAGGAGGAAUCAUUGGAGGAGGAAAUGGAGAAGGAAUCGGUGGAAUUGUGGGAGAUCUUCUUGGAGGAAACCAAGAUGUUCUUCAAAAUCUUUUGAGUGUUCUUGGUGGAAAUCCAGGUGGAUUGGGAUUACCUAUUCCCGGGAAUAUCACUGAAAUUCCAUCAUUUUUGACUGAUAUCCUCGGAGAUCUUCCUGAAGAAACUAUUCAAAAAAUCACUGAUCUUCUUGGAGAAGAUCUUCCAAUCAGUGAACUCCUCUCCCGACUCGAUGCUCUGCUCCCGGAGGGUGUUCUUGAGCAACUCUUGGCAACCGUCGCCGAACUUGUCUCCAAACUUCUCGCUGCCAUUAGUAAAGUCCUCAACAACCUUCAACCAGUAUUCGACCAAUUGUCCGACAUUCUGAACAAUAAGAAUCAAAAACUCGAGCAACAGGCCCAAGCCAUUGAUGCUCUGAAACAGAAGUUCCCAGUUGAAAUCGACACCAUCUUCUACAUUGCUUCUCAAGUUGAAAAGACACUCCAAGGAGGAAACGGAGGAGUUGUUCCAGAACUUCCAGAAGUUCCAUCUGUUCCAGAGACUCCACAAAUUCCAUUCUAA